AAAUGGAUAAGUUCAAUCCUAGGAGAUACUCUGAAGCGCCGAAGAGUGCUUUUAAUCAACUAAAAUUAGAGAGCUCCCCUAGGAAAAAGAAUAAUGAUGAUAUUAAUGACUCUUCUGAUAGUUCUUUAGAUGAAUUUACAGGCAAUACGAAAUUGAAGCUGCCAGGUGUAUGUGCAAAGAGUGAAAAGCCUAGAUCUGUAAAUCUUAAUAUUCCCAGCUGAAAACGAUCAUCUAUCGCACCAAGAAGAAACAUUAUGUCAAUGCAGUCCUCUGAAUUUGAGGAGGAGGAUAUCCGAGGAGUGAGGAAAUCACUAGCUAAAGAACUUCAGAUCCCUUGGCUGAACAUAUCUAGGGCUGCUCUAAUAGUAUUAUACUGUGCUCUAACCACUAUCAUGAGCUCUCUAAAUGAAGAUCUGGAUAAAGACUCUAAUGAUAUUAUUUUGCACUCUUUAGAGAGCAUCUUCAUUGCUUUAUUUGUACUUGAAAUUGUCCUAUUUAAAUAUGCCUUUAAGAAGAAAUAUUAUGAAAAUAAGUUUAACAUAGUGAACUCGAUCCUUGUUGCAGCCAUAUUUUUAUUAUGGAUACUGGAUAUAGCCAUUUCAAAUUACACUAUAAGUGUUUUGCUCCGUGUAAGAGGCUCUCUGAGACUGGUGUACAUCCCUGUAAUCAUCGAGCAUAUUCAUCAUCAUAUUAAGAAAGUCAGAGGCCGAGAGUACAUGUUAGAGAACGGAGACCACCCAACCACUGAUAGUAUCGUUCAGAUUUUAAUGAGAAAUAUUGAGAUCAUUGACGAUGAUAAAGUCAACAGCGAUUUAAAAUACUGAAUGAAGCAUAUUGCCAAAGGCGACCUAGACAAAGGAAGUGAGGUUGAUUUGCAAGUACAAGAACUCUCUUCUCUUAAGAGGAAAAGGGAUAGGAUCAACCCUAGAGAGGAGCAUGCAUGGAUUCGUUCUUUCUCUAAUGUCUUUUCCCUGAGGCGGGAGACUAAUGAGUCUGGGACUAUCAUCAUGUCUGUUACUAAUAAUCAUAAUCUAGACUCUUUGCUUGAUGUGAAAUUCAAUAUUACUGAAAUGAUGGAGAAAUUAGAGACUAUGGAGUUUGAUAUCUUCGAUUUUAAGGAGAAAACUCACAAUAGAGAACUUACUACAGUUGCUUCAUUGUUGUUAAAUAAGCAUUCUUUAUAUAAUGAACUUGGAAUUCAGCCUAAUCAAUUCUUAAUCCUAUUAGAUAAAAUAGCUUCAGGAUAUGAUUCGAAAGUUCCUUAUCAUAACUCAACUCAUGCUGCUGAUGUUUGACAAACUCUAUACUGAUUCAUAAUAAAGGGAAAUUGGAUUUCUCUAUCCCAGUUAGGGAAUUUAGACCUCUUAUCAAUGAUACUGGGAGCAGCAGUGCAUGAUUAUGAGCAUCCAGGAGUAAACAACCUUUAUUUGAUCAAUUCAGCUGAUAAGCUAGCUAUCCGCUAUAAUGAUGAAUCAGUUCUUGAAAGUCACCACAUUGCUGCUGCGUCAGAUCUCCUGAAAACUCCUCAAUACAAUGUGUUCAGGAAGAUGGAUGAUGAAGAGCGAAAAGAGAUUAGAAAGAGAAUGGUUCAUAUGGUACUUGCUACUGACAUGAGUAAGCAUUUUAAAGACCUUGGUACAUUCAAGAGCAAAAUUAAUUCUGGAAGUCUUGAUCCUAUUGACAAGGAUCUCCAUUUGUGCUUAGGAAUGGGAAUGCAUCUGGCUGAUAUCAGUAAUCCUACCAAGCCAUGGCAUCUGACUCAAAAGUGGAUAGAACUUCUGUUUGACGAAUUUUUCAAGCAAGGAGAUAAAGAGAAGAAGUUUAAAUAUCCUAUCAGCGAUCUUAUGGAUAGGAAGUCAGUCAAUAUUGCUAAAGCACAACUCGGAUUUAUUGAUGUCAUUGUACUUCCUUCCUAUGAGUGAUUUUCGAAUUUCCUCAAAUCUUUAAAGGAAAACAUAAAGAAUACCAAAAAGAAUAGAGCCAAUUGGGAAGCCAAAAUCGAUGAAUACCAAGAAAGGAUGAAGUGCGAAAAAAGAGCUCCUUCCAGAGGUGAGGUCAUUGAAGAAGUUAAAGAGCUAAGCGAUGAAGAAAGCGAGUCUAAUAAAAUACUUAGCAUGGGAGACUCUAUUAAUCAAGAAAAGACCAUUUCGAAACAACUGGAUGGGUCUAAGAGUGAAAGUGAUUUUCAUCAAGAAUCAUCUUUUGAAAUGUAACAAAUAAUACCAAUCCCUAUUUUUACACCAAAAAUAAAGAUUUAUUGU